GCAAAGCAAAUAUCAAACAAAAAGAAAACCGUGGCUUUGUGUGCCUCCUACAUACACCUGCCAAAGUCCCUAAUUAAAUUACAGAAAUCCAUCCCAAAACAAACAGCACACAUUGUGCAUUUGCGCGGCGAUGCAGGACCUGCCCUCGUGAGUGAGCGAAAACGUACAUCGUCGUCUAGCUGAGCAGCGAUUGUCCGCGAAGGCAAUGUACUGAAAACGUGGUUUACUGUAUAGUAUUACUUUGUCACUGUUUUGUGUCGUAAAAGCAACGAUGAAUCCAAAUCCAACGCUAGCACCAGCACCGAUUCCGUCGUAUGAUACGAUCACUUCAAACAUCACGCUGGCCACUUCCGUAUCGGUAACGGAAGGUAGUGUGAUCGUUAAGCGAAACACCGAUCGUUCAGAAAACUUAUACUUUCUGUUUAUACCUCUGGCCGUACUCGCAACGAUUGUGCUGAUGUCCGUGAUUGUUUACCUGAUGGCUAGACGGCGUCAUAAGAUUAUGUCCAACUAUCAUUACGUACCCAGCUUCAGCUUCGAGUAUUCGGACAUGGAAGAGGAACGGGAGGAGCGAGAGACAGAUUAUCUGCUGAGAGGUGCCAAGCUGCGUCUCGGAGAGCAACAAGGCAAGAUUGGCGUUGAUCGUACUGCUGGCAGGUACGACGGAAGCCAGGAGCUUUUUGCCUAAUACAAUUAGUGCGGUGCCCCACUUAACCGGUGCCGUCGUUAGUGAUGAGAAUUGAUUGAAAAGAGGAAACGAUUCGUCUUGGGCAAGCCUACCGUCGACAGCAUUCCAAUGAGUCGUUGAACCCUCCGUAUGGUUAUUAUGUGAUAUAAUAUCGUUUGCCAUAGCAGGAUGCAGGGGGGUUUUGUGCGUACGCACCGUUAAGGAUACACAUUUAUUCAUGUACACAGUUCGCCAAUAAAGGCUAUUCUAUUCA